UUGAAUUCAUCGUUCGAUAUGGGAUGCGUUAACUCCAGAUAUUCUCCUGAUGGGAACGCUGAGAGAAGGUUGAAAGGAAACAAAGAAGAUGCAACGAAAUCACUGAUCCACAAGAAGAAGGAGCAUUCAUCAAACAGGUUGAAAGAAAAGAUAGAAAGAGAUAAUAGUAAUAGUGAGGCAAAGGGUGUUGCUAGAAACGAUAACAAGAGUGAUGAGAAUGUAGCUCUGAGAUCUGAGGAAAAGAAGAAUAUUGGUGCACACUCUGAGUUUGUGGAAGGUUGGCCAAAAUGGCUAGUUGAUAAUAUCCCACCAAACAUGUUGGAUAGCUUCGUUCCCAAGAGUGUUGAUUCCUAUGAGAAACUUGGAAAGAGUAAAAGUCAAGAGGUUAAUGUGAUAUAUCUGGGAUAUUCAACGACAAUGAAGAAUAGACGGUUGUCUAGGUUGCUACGACGAGAGAAACACAAGUAAAGGACC